CGAACUUUGGAAAGUAAAUCUCACCUUUUUAAGAAAAAUAUUGAAAUGUUAAUUUUGAGAUUGGUCAAAAACAAUGUGGAAAGCAAAUUUUAUUGAUGCAACUAACCAAGUGUUUCGGUGGGUGCAUGGGUUAAUUUGUCUUUAGCUUGAUAGCGAUUUAUACAGGUAAGAGCUUUAGAGGCUUUAGAUUCCGAUCAUUACAUCAUCAGCACAUCUAGUUGCAUUAGGAAGGUUGAAUUCCAUUAUAGGUUCUAUCCAUUACCUGCUUCUCAGACUGAGUCAAUAUUGGAUCAGCUAUAAACUCGACCGGGUCAGAAAUUUAAUUCUGAUAUUCUACGUAUACUGAGAGUAAUUGCCGCUACUUAUGGAAAUCGUUGCUAUCAUUAUUAUUAUUGAGCACUACUUUUGGAUGGUCAUUGGCAAAUACAGACUGUAGAGUUAGAGGUGUGCACACAAGUCUAGAGCCUCAAGGAGCGAAUGCAACCAUCAAGUUAUGGCCCGAGUGAUUGCUUGUCUACGGUAAAUUAGGUUAAGAGCAAAAAAGAGAUGAGGCAUUAUUUUAUCUAGAGGAUGCCUAAAGCACACAAAGAUUGUUGACACAGAAAACUAGCUAAUUCAGUAGUUCAUAAGGUUCACCACUUCUUUACCAACUUCCCAGUUACCUUUGCCAGACUCCAUUAUAAGAAUCAAUUCCAAUGGAACCAGAGGCAAAAGAGAGGCCCGAAAACAUGGCCGAUUGUAGGAGCAGCAAUUGAGCAGUUUAUGAACUAUAAUCAAAUGCAUGACUGGCUUGUUAAAUACCUGUCUGAGUUAAGAACGGUGGUUGUACCAAUGCCAUUCACAACAUAUACUUACAUUGCAGAUCCUGCUAAUGUAGAACAUGUCCUCAAGACCAACUUUGCUAAUUAUCCCAAGGGUGAGACAUACCACUCAUAUAUGGAAGUCCUGCUUGGAGAUGGGAUAUUUAAUGUAGAUGGAGAACUCUGGAGGAAGCAGAGGAAGACUGCUAGUUUUGAGUUUGCUUCCAGGAAUUUAAGGGACUUUAGCACAGUAGUCUUCAGGGAGUAUAGCUUGAAGCUCUCUUCUAUUCUUAGUCAAGCAUCUUUCCACAAUCAAGAAGUAGAAAUGCAGGGAUUGUUAAUGAGGAUGACUUUGGACUCCAUAUGCAAAGUUGGGUUUGGAGUAGAAAUUGGAACGCUGACUCCCAGCCUACCAGACAAUCGCUUUGCUCAGGCAUUUGAUACUGCCAACAUCAUCGUGACGCUUCGGUUCAUCGAUCCAUUGUGGAAAGUAAAGAAAUUUCUUAAUGUGGGUUCAGAGGCUCUACUUGAUAAGAGCAUUAAAAUCGUUGAUGAUUUCACCUACUCCAUGAUUCGCAAAAGGAAAGCAGAAAUAGAAGAAGCGCGAGGCACUGGUAAAAAUAACAAGAUGAAGCAUGACAUACUAUCAAGGUUCAUUGAGCUAGGUGAAGACCCGGAAAGCAACUUGACAGACAAAAGCCUAAGAGAUGUUGUCCUGAACUUUGUGAUAGCAGGGAGAGAUACAACAGCAACAACUCUCUCAUGGGCUAUAUACAUGGUAAUGACACAUAACCAUGUAGCCGAGAAGCUUUACUCCGAGCUCAAAUUUUUUGAAGAGGAUAGGGCAAAGGAAGAGAAUGUUAAGUUGCAUCAGAUAAACACAGAAGAUCCUGAAUCUUUCAGUCAAAGGGUAAUGCAAUUUGCAGGAUUUCUGACUUAUGAUUCCUUGGGAAGAUUAUACUAUUUGCAUGCAGUGAUCACAGAGACACUUCGUUUGUAUCCAGCAGUCCCUCAGGACCCCAAGGGUAUCCUGGAGGACGAUGUCUUGCCUGAUGGAACCAAAGUAAAAGCAGGAGGCAUGGUUACUUAUGUUCCCUAUUCCAUGGGUAGAAUGGAGUAUAAUUGGGGUCCUGAUGCAGCUUCAUUCAAGCCUGAGAGAUGGCUCAAAGAUGGUUUCUUCCAAAAUGCAUCCCCGUUCAAGUUCACUGCAUUUCAAGCUGGACCAAGGAUAUGCCUGGGUAAGGACUCUGCAUAUCUCCAAAUGAAGAUGGCACUGGCCUUAUUGUGUAGAUUUUUCAGCUUUAGUUUAGUUCCAAAUCAUUCAGUAGAUUACAGAAUGAUGACAACACUCUCGAUGGCACAUGGCCUGAAGCUUAGGAUAGCCAGGAAAUCGUAAGUCUAGAAGGCGUUAUCUUGAUGUUAAUCCGAGGUAGAUGCAAUCAAUUUCCAUGAAAUUUCGAAGUCAUGUCACUUCGAGCUAAAUAUAAUGACAAUUGGUUUAAGGUUUAAA